AAGGCACAGAAAAGUAUUUGCGAAUUUUUAGCAUCCGGUCGUGAUCUGGUAACGUAACCAAAGCGCUUCAUUUUUGCAGAUGAACCAGUUGGAUGUUAAAAUACUGUAAUUCAGUAGUUCUGGAGCAACUACACUAGUGAGCUACUUUUGUGCGUAAAGAGAAAGACUAGUAGCUUCUGGUUCACCGUGGGGUGAAGAAAGCGAUACUCGAAGUCGUAGCAGCGACAAGGCGGAACUAUGUCGAUUCCACCGGAAGAUGGUGGCUCGAAGCCAAUCCUGAUUUCGCUUCCCACGAACAAUUGUGCGCGCAUCCUGCUUUUCCUGCGGCUUUCCGGUCUCGAGGACCAGGUGGAAAUAAAGACGCCAAAAGAUUUCGGCGGCCUGAACUCUCCGGAGUACCGGAAGAUCAAUCCGCAGGGCAAGUUUCCAGCGCUGAUCAUUCCCCGGUCGGAAGCCAGCGUCGAAAGUUUUUGGUUCGAGGCCCAGGUGGUCCUGGACUUGCUGAAGAACAAGCUUCUGGCAGGAAACCCGGACAAGAUAGCGUCUUGGAAUGGCGGGGCUGCCGGCAGCGCGGAACAGCAAGCGAAGGUGCGCCUCCUGAUACAAGUGCACGACUUGUACCUGGCUUCGCCAAACAGCACGCAGCCAGGGUAAGAAUAGUGUUCCUACUUACUUGGAUUGACCACAUUUUUUAUGGUUUAUUUCGUAGGUGCGCUUCUUUAGGAACUGAAAUUUUAUUGAGAAGCGAGAAAGUAAAUGUCCCAGGACUUUUCCGCGCUCCUCUUUCGAAGUCGAAAAUGCACUGCAGGACUACUUCUACACUUGACUAUAUCGAAACAGAAUUUUCCUACUGCUCAACAGGAGCAUCGCGACUCAGGGGUGCCUCUACAAGGGCGACGUGCCACUGAAGGAGCGCAGCUCGCGAGCAGUGGAGCUGAAUAAGCAGCUCAGCGUUUUGGAGUCCUUACUGGACGAGAGCGGCCCUUACUGCUGUGGGGCAGAAAUCACGCUGGCGGAUCUGGUGAUCUACCCCACUUUCCUCUUCCUCGCUCCGCUCACCGAAGCAGCCCUCGGCUGGCCCGCCGGAAAAGUCUGGGAUGGCAGGCCGAAGCUCCAAAAAUGGUUUGGAAACUUUGAGAAAGCGAAUCCCGAGGUCGAAGGCAUUUGCAACGACGUGCGUGGCUUCGUGCAGAAUUCCUUCCUUGGGAGUGGUCGGAUCGCGAAAAUCCGUGAAGCUGUCGAGUCAGAAGAAGGAAAGGCACUGCCUUGGAUGUAGAAGUUGUAAUUGAAAAAACUAAAACAUUUCGUAAUGUCCAUCGGACGGAUUUACACAACUGCAGCGCUUUCGAUUCAUCUAGCAGAUUUCUGUGCUUUCGUGCGGCUGAAAAGCAUCAAUCUCCAUUGACUGUUCCACAUGGCAGGAAGGAAGAAGUUUCAAUGCUGAAGAUGCUCUUUUCUACAUGCGUGCGCAUCGUCCUCGUCAUACUCGACGAACACGAAUUUUCUUUAAAUUCGUUGCAGCAACAGCGCCUCUGCAUCAGCGUC